AGCGAACCAGCAAGUAAACCAAACCUAGUCCCAACAGUCUCAACCAAGCUCAGAAAUGCGUGGAUUCAUUGUUUUGUGUCUGGCCGCCGUUGCCGUGGCUGCGCCUCAGGGCUACAACUACAAUCCUGGUCCGUCUGCCUUUGGCGGUCUGAGCACCGCCAGCGGCAGUGGCGCCACCUACUACCAGCAGCACAGCCAGCAGCAGCAGCACUCAGCAGCAGUUGCUCCACAGCAGCAGCAACAGGCUUACUACCAACAGCAGUCUGUGCAGACUGUGCAGCAUCAGCAGCAUGGACAUGUGGAACAGCAGCAUCAUCAGCAACAGCAGCCCAUUGUGUCCAAGCGUUUCUUCAUUCACUCUGCGCCCGAGGAUGUAGAUGAGGACUACAAGGAGCGUCACAUCACUGUCGGUGUGCCCAAGCGCAACUACAAUGUGGUGUUCAUCAAGUCGCCACAGCGCUCCAACAAGAAGACCUCCAUCAAGAUCAGUCCCGCUGUCAACGAGGACAAGACCGUCAUCUAUGUGCUCAGCAAGAAGACCGAUAGCUCCGAUGUGCACGCCGAAGUUGUUGAGCAGCAAUCAUCCACCAGCAAGCCCGAGGUCUUCUUCAUCAAGUACAAGACCAACGAGGAGGCCAGCCAUGCCCAGCAGCAGAUCCAGGCUCAAUACGAUGCGCUCGGCGGCACCAGCCAGCUUACCGAUGAGGGCGUCGCACCUGUUACCUCCGUUAUUGGCGCCUUGGGCAGCGGUGCUGAUGCUGGCGCUACCUCCAUUGGCAGCACUGGUGCUGGCCAAGCUAUUGCUGUUUCCGCUGGACAAUCUCAUGCCACCAGCAAUGCCUACCUGCCACCCAGUUUCUAAGCAGUUGAGCUGUACUAUUCCAUGCAUUUUACCA